UGUUUGGAGGCUGAGUGGACUAGUUAGAGGACUACUGGGACACAGAUACUUUUCCACAUAACUCCGGCUACAAGGAGACAAAGAGGCUGAGUGACUUUAUUAAUCCUCGACAAUUGAAGCAGCAGCAGACUGGAGGACUCACAUCAGAAGCUGCAGCGCAGAUCCACUGGAGAUAUUUGGGAACAUGCAAGGUGCACGCUGACCACAGGUAGCGCGCUGUGACAUUGGCCUUGCUUGCCAAUUUGUCCCUGUUCCUCUUGGGAGGACCCAUUCACCAGGAAAAUAUGUUGACACUGCCAUUCGAGGAACCUCAUAUGAUGUGUGAGACGCGGUUUGGUGCCAAUUAUCCCCGUGAAAGCUUACCUGAGAGCCUGGACAAGGAGCGAGAGCUGCACGACCCCGACAGGUCCAACUCAGACAUGAGGGACGCCGAGGACGACCUGUCCGACAGGGACGACGACGAGAGGGAGUGCGAUCAGGAUGACGACGGGCUUCCUAAAAAGCGGGGGCCGAGAAAAAAGAGGCCCCAUAAGGAGGGGGACAGGUCCAAAGUACGGCGCCAUGAAGCCAACGCCCGAGAGCGCAACCGGAUGCACUGCCUGAACGACGCGCUGGAGAGCCUGCGCAAAGUUGUGCCGUGCUACUCAAAAACUCAAAAACUGUCAAAGAUUGAGACGCUUAGACUGGCUAAAAACUACAUCUGGGCCCUGUCAGAGACUCUGAGCGCGGGGAAGAGACCGGACCUCCUCACCUUCGUACAGACUUUGUGCAAAGGAUUAUCUCAGCCCACGACCAACUUAGUGGCCGGUUGUUUGCAGCUGAACGCGAGAAAUUUCCUCACAGACCACAACGGGGAGGUCAUGUUCUCUGGCAGGUCGCCCUACGACGCCAUGUACUCGUACCCGGGCUCAGACAUGAACACGCCCCCCGGCCACAGCGGGAGCAGCUUGGACAGCAGCGCCAAGCCGUUCAGACACUACAGCUACAGCGGCGCGUACGAGCCCUACUACGAGAACCCGUCCCCGGAGGGCGGGAGCCCGCAUUUCGACGGCCAGCUGAGCCCCCCGAUGAACUUUAACGGGAUUUUCUCCCUAAAAUCCCACGACGACCCGCCAGACUACGGCAAAAGCAGCCACUACGGCAUGCGCUACUGCAGUGCGCCAGGACGCACGGCUCUUGCGCACAACUCCAUGUACCGAGUGUCCCCAGAGGGCCGUUUCCCCUACGAUCUGCACGUCCGCAGCCAGUCCUUCCAAGCACAAGGGGAAGUUAAUGGCUCUUUCCACAAUUAAUCAAUCAGCUGGACAAAGUUCAAGUUUCAGAAGCGAUGCAAUUUCCCCCCGCAGAUGUCGAGUGUGGAACGAAAUGGACUCCAGACACGCUGAUGCACUGCAAACAUGCCAGUUUUAACAAGUCAUUUUCUGUUGAAUGUGCAGUCUUGUUCUUCUUUCAAACGUGGUAAAAGUCUGCAAAUUAGAUAUAGUCAUUUUUCACUUGAUAUCAAAUCUUGUAACGAUGUAAGGCAGAGCAAACACAACGAAACGCUUUUUUUUUGCUUUGGAAACAAAUGAAAUCAUUUCAUUCAGAUUUAUUUAAAUGCUUCACUGCCACAAAUUAGUUCCAACUGGAAAGCCCACAAAUGUGGAGUAAUUGGUUAAAGAUGUAGUUUUUUUUUAGCACAUUGUUUACAGUUACAGUGCAUUAUUUUUGUUUGUUUAUGGCUGCACUGCAGAUACCAUGAUAUAAAGCUGGAAUAGUGGACAAUUCAUUUUAUUUCUCCUUAUUAAAUUAGAUCUGUUGACAUAAAUCAGCUAGCUAAAUGAAAGAACCAGAGAAGAAUUUCACCUCAUCAGGGAAGUUUGCUGAGACAUGAUUGGAGUUCACAGAUUCAGUCUGUUAGCAAUAAAAGGUCAAUUGAGCUAUGCAAGGCAGCCAAAUGCAAUCUUUGCUUAUAAAAAAAAAUGAUGUAUAUGUUUCCUCUCACAAGGCGUUUCUCAUAAUCUAAUAUCUAAUUAAAAUGACAAUUACACAAAAUUAAUUAUUAAAAAAUGGAGACGUGCACGUGUUAAGGAGACCUGAUGAUGAUGAUGAUGUCAUCUGAAGUGGUCCUAUAAAUACAGUAAGGAAGCUGUGGGGAAAAAAGUUAAAGUUAAAAUGCAUUUGUAUUUGGAGUAAAUAGUGUGGUAACGAGGUGAAUGUAAAUUAUUAUUAUUGUAUUUAUUUAUUUAUUUAUUUAAGCUUAUUUAUUAUAAGUCCGUCAAUUUGAAUGUGGAUAAUAUAUUAUUAAAAAUAUUGUAAAAUUCAACAGUGUUACCCUUUUUAUGUGCAUUCCCCCAUACAUUCAAAGUUGUUUUUUUUCUGUUGCAUUGUUGUAAAUUUCACUGCAGCUGGAAGGGAAAUCAUUUUGUGUGAGGUGGACAAAAUGUUUUAGAACUAUAUGAAACAACAUGCCUUAAAAAAGAGAUGACGACCAUCAAUAUGCAACGAAAUGACAGUUUUUGGAUCGUUUGAUGUGAACUUUUUACACUUCCCUGUUCCUGCUGAAGAGCAGCUGUGAUGCACUUCAUGUAUUUCUGCACAAUGUUGGUGACUGUACUCAUAAAUUCUGUUGAUUUUGUAACUUUA